UCUUCUCCAUUUGGCCGUCGCUUCCCACCUUUUUUUUCUCUCUCUCUCUCUCUCACCCUCACUCCCCGCUGAACUUGCUGCAUACCCAGACCUCGUCCGCUUCCAUCGCCGGCAUCCCUCCGCCACCACAAACCAUAUCGCUAUCACAGCCGAUACCACAACCAACCAACUCUCCCCCAUCGGCGGCUCAGCCAGUACAGCUCCACCACCUCCCAUCAACAGUACCUCCCUCGCAUCCCUCUUCGUCCGCCCAGCAUGGAUAGUGCCAUCGCCACAGUCCCCUCCGAUCAGCAGGCUGUCGACAUGGACAAAGACGUCAUCUCCUCCCAGGUCAUCGACAUCUUGAUGGACGAAGACUCGAUCCGGUCCUCGGUCCCCUCGCUGCCGGUCCUCUCCAUCGCGCCCUCGGAUCUCGUCGACCUCAUGCGCUCGGAUUUCUUUAACCUGCUGCUUGUCGACGUCGCCGGCGAGCAGACCGAGCGAGCCAUCCCUGGCGCCCAGCUCUUUACCCAGUUCGAGGUCUUCCGCUACCGCUUCGUGUCCAUCCGUAAGCGCCAGUUCCGGCAGUAUCUCGAGUACUGGUCCGACCAGACGCUUGCCGAUGUCGAGAUCGAGCCCAAGCAGCAGAAUCUGGCCGAAAUCCAGUCGAUGCCGCUCCGGUCGCUGGCCCUCGUGGACUCGUCGUCCGAAUCCAUCGCCGAAGCAGACAUGUCCAUCGACGGCGAUCUGGAGCUCGUUGGCCUGUACCGCUCGUAUCUGAAGGAGCUCUUCUCGGAUUUCGACAGCAAGUCCGCGACCGAGCUCGAUUUUGAAUACGGCAUCUUUGGCAAGGGCGAUCCACGAUUCGCCAGCCUUGAUGGCGGCCGUCCUGUGGAUAUCAUGGAGACUGUCGCCACCGCGGGAAUCCCUGACGAGGGUGAGGAUCUCUCAAGCAUGAUGAUCGACGACUUAUACCCGCCCACCCCAGGCCCGCUUGGCCCGCAGAAGGACAUGGCCCGGCUGCAGAGCGAUCUCGGUCUUGACCGCAUGGUCGAUACCCACUUUAAGCGCCGCAACCAGUGCAGCCACGUCGUUGUCUACGACGACACGGGCGCUCGCUAUGGCUUUGCCCAUUUUGUCGCCCAGGCCAUCAAGGACACCUGCGAUCCGGGUGUCAAAUUGGGUGUCCUUGAGGGCGGCCUGGAUCAUUUCAACGCUUGCUUCCCGAUGCUCCUGACCACUUCCAAGCGCCCCAAAGCCAUCAACAACAGCUUCAUCGACAUCUCGCACCCCGUCGACAAGCUGCGGCUACUGCAAGCCCAUCUGGUCGACUCGGUCUGGUACGGCAAGACCAACCCGGGCGACGAGCCCAUUCCGAUCCUGCCCCAGGUGCUGUAUCUGGGAUCAUGCUUCACGGCGACCCAGCCGCUCGUGUCCCAGUACAAUAUCAAGCAAAUCAUCCGGCUGGGCUGGGGCUUUGUCAAUCACUGCGUGGAUUCGGACUCGGGCAGCCCUACGGUCGUCUACCACGACUUUCCCAUCGACGACUCGCCCGAUGAGCCCAUCAUCAAUCUGUUUGAGCGGACUGCCGACUUGAUCGAGGCGGCCAGGCUGAAAGGAGAGGCUGUUUUGGUCCAUUGCCAUGCCGGCGUGAGUCGCUCCUCAACAAUCGUUCUGGCGUAUCUGAUCAAGUUCUGCUCCAUGUCUCUGUACGAUGCGUGGGAGCUGACGUAUCGGGUAAGCUGGUAGCAGUCCGUCGACGCCGGUUCGAGUUGACCGGGAUCACUCGGCAUCGACAUCGAUAUCGAUAUCGAUAAUCCUCCUCCUCCUGGAUCGAGGACAUGCCACUGUGGAGCAACAGCGCUCCAUCGACUGGAAUGGGUCCGUCCCCUCGGCUGGACCUGUCCUGUGGGCCGAAGCCAGCCAUGUCAACCGGACGACAUGAUAUACAACGACUGCUCAAAGCUCAGGCUCAGUGCCGGGCCACUUGCUCGUUUAUAGCGCCCCGUGCGAGGAGCGGCGGACUUGCUGAGCUGACACCGCGCCAAUGUUUUUCAGUGCCGCCCAAUUGUUCGUCCAAAUGAAGGAUUUGCCCAGGCCCUGCAGCAAUUUGCCGCGCAGUUCACCAAGCCAUCCUCAAACA